CUCCGUACCGUAGWACCGCAUCGAUGGACGUACCGGUACGGACGGUUUUGUGGUACUCGUAGUACGGUACGUACUUAUGUACUGCCAGCAGUCAUGUCUGUGCGUGCCCGCAUGCGAUGCACCGAUCGGUACAAUUACACGGUGCCGUAGCAUAGCAGGCCAGAGCAGGCACACAAUACCAACACCAUGUUGAGAACAGCCACCAGUAGAUUUGCCAAGGCGGGUGUAUCGCGGGCAUCGCAAGGGUAGGUACCAAAGACGCUAAACGAGUUGCAGAAUUAUUUCACACAACAAUCCGCACGGCCGGAACCAARGGGGAAAGGAUUCCCCUCCACCAUGGCCACCUCCACCCGUCGCAUCGCACCGCGUUGCACCGCAUCGGCGCARCCCCAUCGGCGAUCUCCGUAGAAUCUGUACCGGGAUCUCGCGUAGAACCCCAAAAAUUCGAGUCGGACCGGUCGAAUCGAACGGCGGGGGAGGGGGAAGCCUUCCUCUCGUGUCGGUGUCGGUGUCUGCGGACGGGAACGUUCUCCGGUUGCGGCACAAGGAACCGCGAAACGACAAAUGGCCGCGCCGGUGGUUUGGAUCGGAUCGGUUCGGUUCCGUUAAAUUCGGUUCCGUUAAAUUCAAGGGAAAGGCCCCGGGGAACGGAGCAGGCUUGUGCGCGUUGCCGCUGUGCCCCGGCGGUUCCGGCAGCGAAUCCGUGCACCGAACGAACGAACGAGCGAUCCCCACGGACGACCCCUGAACACCGGACGCACCGUAGCGGCAACGCGGGGCAGCGACACCGGGGAUUGGGAGCUCCGGAGACAAACGAAACGGGAAACCGAUGCAAAGGAAUACGAAACCGAAACGGAAACGGAAACCCAAUCGAUGCCCACGGGGUCUACGGCCGGUGGAGGAUCGGUUCCGUGUGUUUGGAAACAAAGAUACGAAACGAAACCGAUCCAACACAAACACACCAUAGCGAACCACCUAUACCCGUCGGCCGUUCCGAAGCGUGGCAUUACACUGCGUCUCGUGUACGCACCACGGACACGGCGUGCAAGGCUGCCGUGGCGAGAGAGAGGGAACAAGGUUUUCGGAAGGAGCCAAUGGACGGAGGACCGGUCCGUAGUGUGUUUUCGUGAUUGCCCAUGGCGCCGUGUUUUUCGGAUCUAACCUUGUGGUUGUUCUUUGUUUCGCCCCGUCCGUUCCAAUCACCACAACAGUGCCCGAGGGUGGGCCGCCCCCGCCACCUCUUCCUUUCACUUCUCUGCCCCCCGCAAGGAAGAAGAGAAGGAAGCCGAUGCCGCGCCGGUGGCCACCUCCGGAGGAAUCGACCCCCUCUACGCCAUUCCGGUCGGAGUGGCACUCGCCGUUCCCGUCCUCGAAUUCCAGUGGUUCGACCCCAACGCCGAGACGCUCCUGGCGUCGACCUUUCUGGGAUUCUGCGUGGUUGCCUACACGCAGGGAGGAGAAAUGAUGUCCACCAUGUUCAAGGACGAGGCCAAGGACAUGCUCAAGGCGCAGAACGAGGCCGAGGAAGAGGUCAUCGCCAAGCUCGAAGAAUCCGUCGAGUACAUGAAGCUCACCGAAAACAUCGUCAAGGACUACCAGGACGUCUACGACCUGACGGAAGAAUCCUACGCCAAGCUCAACGCCUCCGGCGUGAUCAAGCCCCAGCACAAGCUCAAGGCCCAGGUGGAGAAACUCCUAAGCAUGAUUGCCACCGAGGAAGCCAACGCCUACGAAAAGGCCAAGAUCGCCAUGAUGGCCGAUGCCACCGACGCCGUCACGGCCGAGUUCUCCUCCAGCAAGGAACUCAAGAAGGCCGCCCUCUCCUCCGCCAUUGCCAAGCUCACCGGCAAGGGGGGCAAGGCCAAGGCCGACCCCGUCCAGGCCGAGUUUGUCAAGUUCUUCCAGGCCACCGCCCAGAACGCCAAGGCCUCCGACGACGGUUCGGAGGCGAAGGAGGCCCGGGCCACCAUGAUCACCAAGAUGAACGCCGUGGCCGAGAACGAAAGCAUGUACUUUCGGUUGGACCCGGCCAGCGGCAAGCCCGUGCUGGUAUAAACAAACCAAACCCAUUGGCGAGGCCGGGGAGGGCGGGACCACGGCCCUUUGCGGAACCGCCCCUGAUUGUAGCAGCAGCAGCAGCACCGCCGGCGCAACGCGAUGCAGUGUUUGCAUCGCAAUAACCUUAUAAUCCAAACAAAACAAAUGUACUCGAAAGCACAAUCGAAAAUAGAAUGCAGUAGAACGA